ACAAUGGCGACUCACGUUCUUUUCGAGUCUGCUUCCGGCUAUGCCGUCUUCGAGGUCAAGCAGCAUGAAGAUAUUGGUGCGAAGACGAAGGCUGUGCAAGAAUCCAUUGGCGAUGUCGCGAAGUUUGGAAAAAUGGUCAACCUGCUGAGCUUUUCGCCGUUCAAAACUGCCGCUCACGCGCUAGAGAAUGCGAACGACAUUUCGGAGGGUAUACUCAGCGAGCACCUCAAAUCUCUCUUAGAGCUAGUCCUAUCGAAGGCGGCAAAAAAGUCGUCUGUCAAGCUUGGAGUAUCUGAAGCUGGUCUUGGGUCAUCAAUUAAAGCAGCCCUUGGGAUCGAUUGUGAUGCAUCGGAACGUUCACAGGAGCUUACUCGCGGUAUUCGUCUGCAUGCGCCAAAACUCCUGAAGGGUAUGCAAGCCGACGACUUAACGAAAGCACAACUCGGUCUCGGUCACUCAUACUCGCGGGCAAAGGUCAAAUUCAAUGUUAACCGGAUGGACAACAUGAUCAUUCAGGCCAUUGCCCUCCUCGACCAACUCGAUAAGGAUGUAAACUUGUUUGCAAUGCGCGUACGGGAAUGGUACGGUUACCACUUUCCGGAGCUCGUCAAACUUGUGCCCGAUAAUUAUCAAUACGCUUGUGCAGUUCUUCUUAUUGGCGAUAAGGAGAAACUUGAUGAAGCUAAGUUACCCGAUCUCGUAACGUUAUUAGACGACGAUUCCACUCGAGCACAGAACGUACUUGAUGCCGCACGCGGCUCAAUGGGUGCUUCGUUAUCCGAAAUCGAUAUGAUAAACAUUUCAGCAUUCGCGAACCGGGUCGUCUCUCUCGCCGACUAUCGAAAAUCAUUAACUGGCUAUUUGACGGAGAAGAUGAACCUCGUCGCUCCAAGUCUUACCGCAUUAUUGGGAGAACGGAUCGGUGCACGACUAAUAAGUCAUGCGGGAAGUUUGACGAACCUAAGCAAAUACCCUGCCAGUACCGUACAGAUUCUGGGUGCGGAAAAGGCACUUUUCCGAGCAUUAAAGACAAAAGGCAACACUCCAAAGUACGGGCUACUCUAUCAUUCCUCCUUCAUUGGUCGUGCUGGACCCAAGCACAAGGGUCGUAUUUCCCGCUUUCUCGCAAACAAAACUUCGAUAGCGUCUCGAAUAGACUGCUUUGCAGACAAUCCAACCGCCAAGUUCGGCGAUGCCCUCCGAGCGCAAGUCGAAGAGCGUUUAGCAUUCUUCGAAAAAGGAGAGCCUCCGUCGAAGAACGCAGACGUCAUGCGAAAAGUCCUCGCGUCCAUACGAAUUGAUGACGACGAAUCGGACGCGGAGAUGCACGACGUAGAAACUAUUCCCCUUCCGUUGAUCGAACCGUCGCCAGGGAAGGAAAAGAAAAAGGCGAAGAAAGAGAGUGCCGAGAACGAGGAGAAACAAAAGAAGAAAAAGGAGAAGAAGAAACGAAAGGCAGACGAGAUGGAGGUGGACGAAGAACCAGAGGUCGUGGAAGAACAGGCGAUAAAGAAGGUGAAAUUAUCGAAAGAAGAGAAGAAAGCACUGAAGAAAGCAAAGAAAGAAGCUGCAAAGAAGGAGGCAGAAAAGAACGGAAAGGUCGAAGAAAAAAAGGAGAAAAAAGAGAAGAAAAAAGAGAAAAAGAAGAAUAGGCCUGUUGGUAGCGACAGUGAAUAAUCGCCUUGCCUCUUUUCUCUGUUUCUUCCUUCGUUUC